AUGAUUGACCAUCAUCCAUUGACAGGUUUUGAUCAACUUGAAGCUGAUUUGUUUUUUAAAUUUUGUUUUGAUGAAACAUUUCAUUUAAAUAUACUAACGAAUUUGAAAAACAAUUUAUUUAUUAUCGGCAAACAUGAACAACCUAUAUAUACCGAAGAAGAAAAAAUUAUUGAUGACAUAUUAUCCAAUGAUAUUGGUUUAACUAGUAUGAUCUUUCCAGACAAAUCACCAUCAACAAUUGAUGAUGACAAUCAAUUAUGUAAUUAUAAACCAUCAACAAUUAUUAAUAAACGUUAUUGUCUUUUUGAAAGUACACUUAAUAUCGAAAAUCUUCAUAGAAAAUUAUUACAGUUGGAACGACUUUUAGCUUUUUUUACAUCGCGUCAUUUAUUUCGAUUCAUACACAAUAAUAAAUUAUUAUUUAUGGAAAUGUUGCCAUCUAAUUUUCAUCAAUUGAUUAAAUGUAUUAAAUCAAAUAAUCUUGAUAAAAUUACUGAUAAAAAUAUCUCAACAUUAACAUCAGUAACACUUUCAUGCAUUGGAUUUGCUGGCUUUUCAAUGCCAAUUAAUCUUGAAUCUGAUAUUAUUCAAAUUCUCAAGAAUUCAGAUGAUACUGAAGAAAAUGAAGAUCAUUGUCAUUUUUAUUUCUUGAAUGCGUUGUUUAACACAGGUAGAUUGUUAUUUUAUCAUGUAGAUGAUACACAAGAAGGAUGGCGUCGAGCCAUAUGUACCAGUAUGGCUUUAUUAUCUGAUCGAAUAUCAACUAUUGAACUUAUACAAAAAUCUAUUCAAGUUGAUUUAAAUGCUGUUCUAGAUAAAACAAAUUCUCAAAUGCAAUCGAUUGAUAAAAUUCAUUUAUCAUUAAAUGGUAUUAAGAAAAAUGAAGAAGAUAUUAAUAAAAAAAUAGAUAAUCUUGAAAAAAAUAUCAAUAACAAGAUUGAUAAAAUGCAAGAAAGCACAAACAAUGAAUUGAAGAAAAUGCAAGAAAGCACAAACAACGAAUUGAAGAAAAUGCAAGAAAGGACAAAUAAUGAAUUAAAGAAUAUUAUUAAACUGUUAACAUUCAAUGAAAAAAAUAAUCGUCGAUCAUGUUCUUGCAUAUUAUUUUAA